AAGGUUUCUAAUUUUUGCAACCAACGGCGAUGAGGUAGCCCCUUUUUUUACAUUAUUAUCGAACUUCUCCUUUAUCAACUUUAACUUUGCUUUCCCCCCUCUGUCUUCUGUAAAAUUAAUUACCAUCGAAAUCUCCACAAUUAAACCAGAAUCUCUCUCACAUUCCCUAAGGACGGUCGGAAAGGUGUUUUGUUGUUUCUUUCACGUGCAACUUCUUACCUAGCGUCAGUUCUGCGUGCGUCGGUGAAGUCUUUCCGGCGCCUUUUGCUUUGUUUUUACACCACUACAAUUAAGAGAAGGCGGUUUUGUAAAUUUGAUUUUCUUUAUUUGACAGACUUCAAGAACUUUUCACGAAACACAAACAAGAAGAAACAAAAUCUACUGGACGACUUUCAACUUUCAAAAGCAACGAAUUUGAGUACUACAAACCAUGAGUGCAACUUUUCAAAAUACAAACAAGAGAGGAGGAGCUAUGCCGCUCGGGUUCUCCCGCGGAGUUCUGGCAUCGACAAUUGUGUACGGUGGCCUGAUAUCAAUCGCAAAGAUGUCUGCUAAGUCUGCAAGGUUGCAUUUGCAAGCCUACUUCAUGUAAUGCUGAGGCUAGUCCGGUAUAGAUACACAUGUAAAACGCAGCACCAGCAGCUCAGAUGCGUCGCGCUUGACUGCGCAAGCGCAUUCACAACCCCAUAUCGUGUACACUUUGAACGGGACUGGCGAGAACUCUCCAGACUCAGAGCAGACAUUUUUGCAUUGGAUGCCUCACGCCAGAGGGUGCUCGAGCAGUCAAGGUCCCGAUCGGGAUAUGAAACGCCAGAAGUGCAUGUUGUCAAGCAACUACGCAGGAUCAACUCGUCAUCCUCGUUGGGGAAAAAAAAAGACACAAACAAAAUGAAGAUGAAAAUAGAGUCGUGCUGUGAUGCUCAUGAUGUGCCCUGAAGAAUUAAUUUCCAGCUGUAUGUAAUGACCACCACAUGAUCUUUCUUAGUCUUCCAUAUAAUUUUCGCGUGAUUGCGGUGUAUUUCCACUUUUGGCGUUCCAUACGCAGAAGGUUCUGCUGCCACAGCUACGCUGGAGGACUCGGCGAGCGCCAGCUCCGCGGCAGAAGAUGGCCCCGACGGUACCCGCAGCGGUGGGGAUAUCCCUGGAAUCCAUAGCGGCCCCGGGCAUUUUUGAGGGGACGGGAGGGAAGUGCGGCGCUUCAGUCUUGAUGACCUGAUCCAAUGAAGUACUAUACUCGUUUUCAGUAUUUCUGGUUUUUUCGCAAUAACAAAAAAGAACAAAAAGCGCAUCAGCAAGGAGCUCUUUGCAUAUUUUUCCACAACGACCGCACGCCAGCAUGUCUGAGCUGCGCGUCCUUGUUUUCCCAUAAGACUCCCGGGGUCACUUCGGGGCAAUACGUCGCGUGUUGGGACAAGGUCGCUCGCCAUCCGGCACGAAAACCGGGAACUUGCGCGGAGCCCGAGCUGUUACUUCCGACCAAGACGCUUUGACACAAAAAUCCGUGGCAGGCUCGUGUGAAGGAGGUACUUACCCCACGACUACGGACUGUGCUUGCACAGCGUAGAAACUUUUAGUCGCGUUUUGUUAUUAUUUAUUGCACUCUGUUACUGUUUGAGGUUGCGCGCGCUGAUUUUGAAUUGGUUUGGAGACCCUGUUUGACAUGUUAUUUUUGGCUUUGACAAAGCCAAAGGCAAAGCCAACGAGCCGAGGAGUGGUCCUCAUGAAUAUUGUUGUACUUUUUAUCCCUCUUUUAGAUUUUGAUACUCGGAAAAAAAUAAGGUAAAAGUCAUUCCCUGAUGAAACACAGGCACUAGCGGCUGCAGUCACCAGGCGAACAAGAAUGCUUGGCCCGGGUUGGACCAGUUUUCGUUACCCGAAGUGGGUUUCUCCAUGCCCUGGUCCUUUUUCGGCUUCUCCACUGCUCCGCCGAAGGACCGCAAGUCUCCGACGUUUCUCCGGGAGGAGCCCCGGGGGGAGGAAAAACUUGGUGCUGGCACGGCUGCCACUGCUCGCGAAAAGGAAGCUCCCGGGAAUGACGUCGAUGUCGGCGAGGGGCCCUCUAUAUGCGUUGCAAAUCUGUCGGGGCCUGGAUGAAAAUCAAAGUUGCAAUUUUAGAAGUUCUUGUCUCCUGCAUGAGAAGUGCUGGGUAUGGCGCGCUUAAAGUCGCGUUUUUAAAAGUCAUAGUUUUUUUUUUUGAAAGGUGGCGCAAAAACUGGGCACGCGGGUAGUUCAGUUAAAUGCCGGCAGGCGAAACGCCGCACGCCUUGCCUUGGGUGUGUCGCCAAGAAAUCUUUGCCAUGCGCCAGAAUUGGCACCGUCGGGAGGCUGGACGCCGCGACGCUACUGCCGCCUUUAGCAAGCUUGCCAGCAAGUGCACGCGAUCCAUUUUCACAUCUCGCCGCAUCCCCGGAAGUGAAGCAACACUCGUAGCGCAAGGCCGCGGGCGCUGCGCCUGUUGCCUCAGCUUGCAUCGCUGCGACCCCACAACGGCGCCACCACGCUGGCCUCCCAACCAGCCGUAACAACAGACCUAGUGACCGCGCCACCCCUCGCGCCUCUACUAUUUUGGUCGCCUUCCAACCACGGCAAGGCCAUUGCCGCGCCUCUCCGCCGAGACAGGCUGCUGCCACGCGUGCGGUGUUUUCCCUGUUGCGGCGUGGCCCCUGUGGUCUAGCAUCGGAGGCGCGGCCCCAAGGCUAGGCCGCCCCAAAAUCCUUCCGAACCGCCCCGCCCGCCCGAACCAGCCAGGGCCGCCGGCCUAAAAAGCCCCCCUUCAAGCCCCGGCUCGCCAGCGCCCCAAAUUGGGCGCCCAUUCGAAGCGCCAUUCUGAAGCCCUCUCAUUGGGGCCGCUUUCGGAGGCCUUUUGGGCAACCCUUGGUGGGCCACAAUGGCGGCCCGGAUGGCCUCCGGAUCACCCCCCCUGGAUUUCAUGCAAUCCCGAGCUAACUAGGCCCCCCAAGGAGGCCUCUGAAGAGGCCUCCGGAAUGGGGUCGGCGGAGGUUGCCCCGGAAGGACACCAGCGAAGGUCGUCGGGGCCACAUAAUCUCGGGCCCCGGGUCGAUUGGGGUGGCUUGCUGGCUUAUUGGUCUUCCGCCGGUUGCUUGGCGGCAUUCGGAAUAUUCGCCGAACGGAAGGCGCCGCCGCUACUUGGCGCAGCCGGGCUGUGCGCUUCCUGUUUAAAGGGUGUCGCCGCCGUGGCCUUCUGCGGCCCGCCACGAAGGAAGGGGCCGGCCCCGCCUUGCCGGCGCGCCUGGCUCAUGAGGCGGCCGCGAAGCGCAUCUUGCCGGUGGGGCGCGUGGCGGCAUUGGUAUCCGCCCUCAUGCAGGCCGCAGCGCCCCGGCUGACAAGCAGAACCAAGCUGAGCGGCGCAUGAGGGGCGGCCGGGCCUUGCCUCGGUGGGACUACAUGUAAGCGCGCCAGAUUGUGGCGGGGCUCGGCUAUUAAGCCGCGACGCGUCGCCUUUCCUUUGCUCAGAACUUUGGGCGGCGGGGGGAGGCGAAGCGGACCCGGGGUUUUCGAAAUUGCAUCGCGGAAUGCGCCACGAAGGAUCGCGGCGAGGCAUUCUUUUGCGCGCCGUCCGAAUUGCCUUCCUGGGGCCCAGUGCUAUCGCAUUUAUGCGCGCCAGCUCGGGCGACCCUAUUCUCAUAUCGGCAGGGCAUUAAAAUCGGCGGCAGUGCCUGAAGACUAGCAAAAAAAAAAAACUAUGACUUUUGAAAACGCGACUUUAAGCGCGCCAUACUGGGCUUCAAUAUUCCCCAGCCAGGUAUGGUGUGUUCAUCUUUGAACGGUAGGUACGCAAUGCUGCGGAAGCGCAACUACCUAGCUCGAGAAGUCGCACCAUUUUGUCUUCGUAGCUGGAAGUAGAGAUGCGUCUCUGUGGGCUUACUGCAUCGAAGUUUGGAAUGUGUAAUACUGCUUCGCGUUCGUCCAGGCUGCUCAGACAUGUUUGCAUGGGAUAAGGUACCAACGCCAACAUCAUCAAGGACCAGGACGAGUCUUUUGCCGAAAGCAGCACGCACCUGCGCUCGGAACAACUGGAAACGGAACCGGUUUUAUCCUGUGUAGAAAUAGCCACGGCCCCAUAAUCAAGAUGGAAACUUUUUAACACUGAUCCAGAAGCUUUGGGAAUCUAAUAUCAUGCAUCAUAAGAUUCUGCCCGUGCCGCACCAGUGCUCCUGGCUAACAAGGAAGUGCAGCCGCACCACAAAGCCAUCUGCUUGUGUGUUUACAGCUUUUUUACUGGUACCAAAGCAAAAGGCUACAUGCCUCUUAUGAAAAAAUAUUGAUUUACUUUUACAUUUACGAAGAGCAAACGUUCCUCUACAUGACUGAGAAUCUGCAUGGUAAGAGCUCGGGAGCCGAGAGCUUUUUACCCAGGAUAGCAAUUGGAACCGCCGAAGGUGAUUCUGUGGCGGGAGGAAGAUUCGGAAGAUUCGGUGAUUCCUUCGGAAAGCAUUCAUCUUUCUGACUCGGAGACGCUUUCCCUGUCUACCUCUUCUGCACCGCCGGAAGAGGGAGGCAAGGUGCCCGACCGGCCGCCCGCGUCGUUUGCGCAAGGGGGAGGUGGAACUGGUGCCCGGGGAACUGGUGCUAGUAGGGAAAGAAAAAAGCUGCCCAUGACAAGCGAGCAGUAGCAUUGUUUGCAUCAGACCCUACAUAUGUUUAGGUCAAGUCCUAUAAAAACGUUAUCAAAAAGCAUCCAGCGAGGAAGCUAGUAAGUCUGUUUGUGGCACGACAAACGCAUCAAAUUUCCGCACUUGAAGUUCAUCCGAGCACCAGAAUCAUGUACGAAACUAGACGUAGUGAUUUAGGUUUUGGGAGCGCAACUUUUUUCCUUCGAUACGAAAGAAAGCGUCUGCAGAUGAGAAAGAGGAAUGCUGCCCCAGUGCCUGUGAAGAAGAAGAAGACGACGCCAACAAGCGCAAGACGCGUUCGGGGGCUGCUCCGCCACCGGCGGGAGGAGUAGCAGACGCGGUUUCGGAAGCGCCGGAAGGUGGAGAGCCUCCCGCUGGUCCGCCCUCUGUUACUUCGUCGAAACCUCCGGGCGGACGAGCUGGUCUGCUGGCGCCACACCUGGCUUCCGGUGCGAACCCCAAUGGUGGCGGCGACCCAUCUGCCGCAGCGGCCGCUGCAGCCAUGCUGCCUGGAGGUGGAGGAACUCCCGCUGGCGAUGCGGGCGCCACGGGUCAAGAUGAAGCUUCACUCGUUCCCCGUGUUGGUGGCGCAAACCUUGCCGCAGCGGCCGCUACAGACCUGCCGCCGGGACGAGAAGCUGCUGCUGCUGCUGCGGCCGCUUCCGCGUCGGCAGGGGGAAUGGAUGCUAGCGCUGUUGGCCCGUCCGGACCUCCUGCGGGGCCUCCCGCCGAGCCUGGAACGCUCCCUGGUGCUGGCGGUGGCGGCCGGCCUCCCGCAUCGGCCGCUUCCACCGCAACGACUCCGACAACUGGAUUGGUGUGCACUACUGGCGGUGGCGACCGACCUGCUUCGCCGGCUGCUGCCGCGCAUGCCGGAACUCCUCCUGUCGUCGCUGCCCCAGGGACUGGCGGGUCUCCUGCUCCGGAAACUGCUGCAGCGGUCCAACAAGGUGGAAGUACCGAUCCGACGGCCGCGGACGCGAGAAUGAAAGCGGAUGAGUAUUUGUUUUGUGCACUUUUUCUGGGACUUCGCAUGCCAUUUAUAUUGAUAUACUGCCGCAGAGAUUUAUAUAAGCAAUGCGACUCGCAUUGAUCGCAAAACCGGCCGCGGUUUGUCGCAUCGCUCGCAUUGCUCGCAUUGCUCGCAAAUCAUCGGCGCCCGCCAGCAGUUAGGUGCGUGGCGAUAGAGUAAGGGCCUAACCGUCGGGACUCGCGAAUUGCCUGAUGGGAGGCUGGCCUGCAUAUUCAGGCUGUAGUGGUCUUGCCCUCGUUCUCUCCUUUGGAAGAAUAGUGCUGAGGGUUAAGCCUUUUGCUCUUUCUCGAGCGAAGAAACAAAAACAAACUCAAUAAAUACAAGUGACGGCCUUUGCGCGGCCCGUUUGGGCUCUAGCUCCGUAGGUUAGGAUUAGGGGUAGCCCGCUGAAGUGCGCCCCAAUAGUGGGCAUACGCUCACGAAGUCGCGAGGAGUUGUCGCAAGACUUGCGACAGAUCCGCGCUCUCGCGACUCGCAAGCCGUCGCAUCCGUGUCGCAUUGCUCGCAUUGCUCGCAUUGCUCGCAAAUCAUUGGGAUUGCGUUCGGGUGAGCCCGGAACGAGAGGGGCGACGGCGUCCCCAUGUCCCCGAGGUUCCCAUCGCGCCCCGCCCCUCUCUCGCCCGCUGCAUUUUCCUGCAAGACAGCCUGACUUCAUCGCUGCGUAAUGAACAAGAGCAGCCACGCUCAUGCACCAAGGCGGGGGCGGACGUGUACGUGUACGUGGAGGUUGUUGCCGGGCGCGCAUUUGGCGUUUGUCGUUAGCGGCACCUUGGUAGCCCACCCGCUGGGUGCUCUCUCGGUAGUCGCAGAAGACCCUGAGCAGGUGCUGGCCCAAUCGGGCUCAGUCACCAGUGCCACGUGUUAGUUUGCUUAGGGUGGCUCUGAGGUCACGAGGCACUGUAGUACGAAGUCUGGGCGCGCUUGCCUCACUAGCGACGCUGCGCUCCACUAGGUAAAUUGGCCGGGGCACGGACGAUGACGUAAAACGUUGACGCAAGCGACCCGAAACACUAAACGCCUCAGGGCAGAUAGCUGGCUGUUGAGAGGAUCCAAAUGUCUACUUACGUCAUACUUAGCUGACGAAUUGCCGGAACAGUAUCUAUAUUAAAGCCGGGCGGUUCGUCCACUUGGUGGGGGAGCGGGGCGAGCCCACUUUCCGUGUGUGUUGAUUACGCAGCUGCAGCACAGAGCGCGACACGACAUUGGUGUACUGCAAAGAAGAUUCGGUUGCCGUUGCAGCCAUAGCGCGUUGCGUUUUUUUUGAAAUGAAAUAAAAGAAAAAAGCAGUGAAGCAAAUAUAAAACAGAAUCGAACGCGCUUUCGGGAAACGUGUCUCGCAGUACCGUCUCGGCCACGGGACUUCUUUUGAGAGGGGCUUUACCACGAAUAUUUUCCAAGCUAUCCUCGACCGCCAGACUAUCCGAGGAGCAGGAGUGUGUGCGAUCCCAUCACACAAAACGGAAUUCGAUCUUGCAGCAGGGAACUCCAUAAUAAUUUUGAUUUUAUGCCGUCUUGUUCUAUCUUGUACUUUAGGUUUAGCUAGAGCUCAACAUUCUGAUGAAAUGUUGAAUGUGAUUUAUGACCACUGGUCCUCGUGCGCGGAGUUCUACUAGAUGACCAUGUUCGUCAUACCCAGUUUCAGUGUGUGUGCAGUUCUUUAUGAAAAUGUAUGCUUUUUAAGAAUUUCGAUGGCAGAAUGCCGCGGCUGGGUCGCUGCGCCUGUUUUGUUGCAUAAUUGCUGCGCAACUGGUGAAGGCUUGCGAACAGAGCCCGAAGACUCUUGUGGAUUUGCUCCGUCAGUAUCAAAAUGAAACUGGCUGUCGUCGGAUAUGAGUUUUUGCAACUGGUGCAAGCAACAGUUGCUUCUCACAUGCGCAGAGACAUGUGAGAAGCAACUGUUUUGCAACAGUUGCACAUGCGCACAGACAUGUGAGAAGCAGCUGUCUCACAUGCGCAUUAAAAAGCAACAGUUUUUGCAACUGGUGCAAGCAACGUUGGCAUGCGCAGAGACAGCGCAAGCGUCGGAGUUUUAGGGCUCACAGCCACAGUGAAGCGCCACGAUAAUUCAUAGGACCACUAUAUUGAGAGUUGACACUUAUUGACAAACUUCGAAUUUAUGUCGGGGCGGUAUUUGCUUUUGCGAUGUUCGCCUUUGCACUGCGAAACCAAUCGAACUCCCACUUCUGUUUUGAUGCACGAGCAGGCCAGUAGCUGCAAAAACGGUACUAUGAAUGCAUCAGCGCCUCCUUUAAUUCCAAACGAUGGCAAAGCAAGGUCAUGUGCUUCGGUGUAAUAAAGAGCUAUACACUCAUUUAACCCAGUUGAUUCACGACGCUACGCGACUUUCAUUUUGAUACUCCGGAAGAACCGGGCGAGGACGCGUUGGGUUGCGCGCACAGAAUUGACAUCCACCAGCUGUGCCCGUGCACAAAAAUCGACUUCGAAGAUUGGAUCAGGCAGUUCGUGUAUGCAGGAAGACUCGUCGAGUACAGCGCGUGGUUAUCCCAGGAAUCGAAUCAGAUCACUUCUGUGAAAGAUCAACAGAGUUCGUCCCAGCUGAAAAAUGGUGCGAGGACCCUUGGUCAGACGAUCGAUAUCGUGACUGAUGUCCCUGUUGAUUUUUUAAAUCCAAGUUUGGACAUCCGUCCAAACCAACGAGUUUGGGGCGAUUGGACAGCCACGCCAGAAUCGAAUCUUUCUAUGUUUAGUUCCAGUACUCACCGGCGCAUUGCGGAUGACAAGUUUGAUCAGGUGGUGAAGAAUGUGCUAUGGCUAUGCAGGUGAGUUGGUGUUCCAAACGUCCCCCGAAGCGUUUGUCGUGGCCGGUGAAGAAAGACAUUUUACCUCGAGAUCAAAGCGCGUAGCGUGGCGCCAAACGAAAUGCGCAUGCCUCACUUGGCAGCAGCGCCUCUGCUGCUAGGAAAUUUUUUUCUGUAUGAGGUGCCCCACACCUUCUGGUGCAAGCGCAGCCAUUGCAGUAGGAUGCAACCGAAGCAAGCGCUGCUACUAAUGGAGGCGCUUCCCGAGGACAAACGCCGGCCCGGACAGUAGGGCGCCACUCACCGUCAUAAGGAAGAGGGGUCGUGGGGGGUGCUGCCGCUGUCCGGUUCCAGCAGUAUAUGCAGCAUUUUUUGGCGCGAGCGCGUGCGUUCUUUACUUUGGAGUGAUGAUUUUUUUUUGCACAAACCAGGGCCGCGGGAUUUUUACCCUUGCUGCUUGUUGAAUUUAUUUGUAUCGGUAUCGGACAACAGCAUCAGCAGUAUAAGUGUCUGUAUGAAGAUGAACCAAGAUGGCGCUGCGUGCAAUUUUACCUCUCAUGCGCGAGCAGUGUAUGUCGCAGGCGCACCUACAUGAAGCGACCCAGACACGCGGACUCGGUUUGUUUUUCUUGUCCUUUGAGAUUCUUGAAAAUUAAUUGAAGUACGUAGCGCAUCCUCGCGCGGCUUUGGCAUUUCGGCUGUACCGGGUGACAGUAUCCCAUAUUUACCGGACCUUUUUAUACUUUUCCUGCAAACUGGAAAAACUGGAGGCGUUCGAGCAGUGUCUGGCCGAAGCAGCCGAUGAGAUUUUGUUCAAUUUGCUUCUCAGCCAUGGGCGUCUCGACGUGCGAGACUGUGUCGCCCAAGUGCCACGCGUCAUCGUGUCCCAGGUAAAGGACCAACGCAACUUGCUCCGGCAGAGCAACUGGGUUCACAAGGAGGACAUUCGCAUUACGUUUUUCGUCGAACGCGUGCUUCCGCCGGUGUGGAUUGACCAAAUCGGCCUCCAUGAAAAUGCAGAUGCCUAUGUGGAGGGCGUUCACCGAUGCUUGCAAAAAUUUUCUCGCGUUGGUAUUGUUCUGAAUGGGCUCACGCCCGAAAGCGUGGGAGUUCCGUUUUCUGAUGAAGUUUCUCCUUCGACUGGAUAAGCCCGGGCAAAAUUGUACACAGAAUUUUGCACACAAAAUUGCACACAAUUUGAGUUGUCGAUCACCGCUCUCGGCUCCCCAUCGUCGAGAGUAGGGGCGGCAAGGGGGAAUGGGUUUUCGAGAGCGUUGGCGAUGUUUCCCAUCGACUAUUGCAUCGAGAUGCUUCUUGAUGAGGGGUGGCGUCCGCUGUCGCUACUACCUACUCCAAACGCAGGAGAAGAGGUAGGACCUACGGAUUUCGCCUGGACGAGCAUGGGCGACGCAGUGAAGAGCAUUUUUGGUAGCUAGUGCCCCAAAUCUUUAUGUCGGCGGUGGUGAGCACAGGCCCAGCCGUUUUGCCCGCAGAGAAUCUGACCCAGGGGUCGCAGUAGCCAGCGGCCAAGGCGUCUGCGGCGGGCCGACAGAACUCCGGACCACCUAUCCGACCACCUUUGUAACCACCUUGCCGACCACCUUCUCAACCACCCCCAACGAUUUUUCGGUAUCGAAAAAAAGCUGCCACAAUUUACUGCCACAAUUGGUGUCACAAUUGUGGCAAGCAAAAAUCAGAAACAAGAUUUCGUGCCACAAUUGUGACAGCAAUUGUGGCAGCAAAUUGUGUGCAGAAUUUUUUUUUCCAACCCGGCCUGAUUGGUGGUCGAAACAAAAGGUGGUCGCGCGGACCCAUUGUGACAGCAAUUGUGGCAGCCAUUUCAGGAAAUUGUGGCAGCCAUUUCAGAAAAUUGUGGCGGCCUCGGAAAGGGCAACAGCCCGGCGCGAGAGGUCUCGCUGGCCACGGGGGGCGGCAGCGCUGGUCGCGCGAGCCACGCGCGCGGGCGCUGCGCUAGUGCUAGCUCCCUUGUGUCGGGGCUUCGGAACUUGGGUGCGGCGCUUCCGGCGUUGGCACCAGGCAGAGGAGCCUGUAGGCGCGGGGAGAAUCUAUGUCUGAUGUGAUCUGGGACCCAUCGAGUCUGCCUGAUGAUCUUCAAACUCGAUGGGGCCGAAUUUGAAUCCAUUCAGAUGGCUCGAUGGGCGUUCGUUUCAUGGCUAAAACUAUGAAUUGUGUGCAAUUAUUUUGUGGCAAUUUUCUGGCAGCUCUGUCCGCCUGGAUAGAUCCAAACAAUCUCUUUCAUUCGGAACGCCAAAGAUGUUUGAUUUGGGUUCGUCGUCGCUUGUCGACAUGCACCGGGAAGGCGCCGGAUUCUUUCCGGUGGUUUUGGGGAAGCGCGUUGUCGUCACACGGCAUAACGGUGAGCAGGGUGUGCGGUUAUGGGCAACAGUUCAGCCGGACUUCUUUGCAAGCCCGGCACUUGGGGCGCAGGGCUGUCAAUUUCUCUCGGGCGCGGGUGAUGAUGCUCUUAGCGAGAUCUUGGACGGGCGACGCGAACUCGACAAAGAAAUUGGAGAAGCGGAGGGGCUGGCGCUUCGUUAUCCGAGGCGCCACGGUUCUCGGUCUGUCCUGUUUGCUGCUAGCCAGACUCUUCUGUCCCAGCUGGUGCUGCCCAAACCGGUAACGGGCCCAUGGCUUGGCCUCGCACACAUUAUGGGCCCAGGAUACGGCCACGCGCCCCUCUGUUCCUUGCUUCAUAGUAGCAUGCCUAUCGGAUUUCUGCAUUUUCCAUUGGUGUAAAGUUGAAACAUGACCCCGUCAAGUUAUUGCACUCUCCUCCCCAAACUUCAUGAUGGAUGACGGCGAUGCUGAUGAUGAUGUUCAAAGCAUAGGCCGCAAAGUCCAGGUUUUUCGCACGCUGCGGCCUUUUGUACGGUCGCCACCCUUUCAUCGCCAGUGCACUUUUUACAGUUUUUGCCGCGUUCUGUCUCUACGCUGAGCCCAGGCAGCGGGUGCCGCUGCGUGUCGCAAGAUGAAGCCGAGCAUCCAGUGCGCCGGGACUAUUUCCAGGAUGUGUGGGGGCCCUGCCAUUCCUGAGAAAUGGCACGGCCCCCGCCCUGGGCUUGCUAAUUUCCCUGCUUCCAACGGUGCGCGGGCACGCUCGCGCGGUGUUUUGUCGUAGGUGCGAAGGGGAAGCAAGAGAUUUGGAUCUCCUGCUGCAGGUGGGCAGUCUACUUUUGAAGCAGAUCCGCGUCCGCUUGUUCGGCGAACUAUGAUGAUCUGACAUUGCUCAUCCAUUUCAUUCUGUGAAAGAGGAUCUGCUUCUGCCCGGGCCCUUCUUUGUAGAGAAAGUCGCUGUUCUCAAAAUACUUAAACGACAGAAGCGCUUCUGCAGCAAGCGAAGGCCUUUAUUUCUGGCAGGAUUCCCUGGUGGUAGAGGGCCUGCGUUUUCUUUUGCGCCGAGGAUCAGAAACGUUGGCCCACCGCUCCACUGGAAAGGAUCAACUCCUCCGUCCCCAGUAGGGUUGUCCUAUACUCCUCUGCAAGAAAGGAGUUAGUUCGGUAGUUGUUUAAUUCUUUGCGCUCCCACUCUGCUACGCCAGAGCCAGAGGGCCUGUGUACCUCUAUGGUCUUUGUUCUAGAGGACGCCAAUCCUCCUGUUCUGAUUGAUUAUGCUCUUAUCCUUCUCUGUGAGAGAAUACGCCUUGAGAGAAAAGCUUUUGUCGUGCUCAGGUAUGUGGAUUGCGUCCUCUACGGUUGCAGGCUCUCUGUCUGCCCUCUCUCAUUGAGGCGGUUUGGUAUGGCCUCCGCUUGUGACAGCACAGCUCGGGUUUGCAACCGGGAGUGCCCCUAAGUGCCGAGCGGUCCUGCACAAAGCGUGCAAAAACGUUUCUUCCUUUCUUUCUCCUAGUACUAUUCUGUUGGCGCUAGGUAGAUGAAGGGGAAGGAGGAAUAUGAGCCCUCCAGCAGGAACCUAAGCGACGCUAGGUAUGGAAUAGAACGCCUGAGUUGACACGAGACGAGAGAGCCAGGGCCUUCGCUCGAAUUCGUUUGACGAAAGCAGCUGCGCCCCCAUGGCAAGCAAUAAGGUGGCUAGCCACAUUCGGUGGGGCCGUUGGUCGUCUUCGAGUUGGGGGAGGGGGAAGCUCGUUGCAGAUCGCGAAAGGCGAAGGCCUCUUGUGCCACAUUGGUUGCCAUUGAUUUGGAAAACGGUGCUUGGUAGCGAAUGGCACUGGCCAAAGUUUCACGGCUAGCAAAUUAAGUAAAACAGCCACAAUAGAUUGCAACCUGGCGUCAAAAGCUAGAAGGCCCACCAGGCAUCAAAAGAUAGAGACGGGGCUUCCAGUUGUGUUCUACAAUCAGUAGAAGAGAGACGUUGCGGGCAUGGGGCGCGCGGACCCAUUUUACCUUGCUAGUGCGUUGCCCAACAAUUGGAAAGUCACGCGCCUCGCGAGCAGAGUUCGUCCUUGGGCAACAAUUAGCGAAGACGUUGACGUUCCGCCGGACGAGAAGAUGAUUGAGCAGGCGUUUCCACGCUGCGACGCGGAGCAAGGAGUGCACAAUCUUCUUGCCGGCAACAUGAUUUUUACCAGUCAAAAACUCCACGAGCGGGCGCGCGAGGUGCGGGGCUUGCCGCGGUGUUCAGACACGGAGGCGCCGGAGGGCCAGGACCAUCAAAUCGCAUGUUUGCCGUUGGAGCAAAAGAACGUUCUAUGCAGUUGAACCAAGAAGGGCGGCGAGGCAGCAACAAGUAGAGCAGGCUACUGCGAUAUGUCGGUUGGCGUGCAGCCGACCUCCAUCCAAGGCCUGCGGCCGGGGUUUCCGUGCCGCCAGACCUCCCCACCAGACAUCUUUCCUGCAGGCAACUGCGCCCUAUCGUUCGCAGCGCCAUAGCUAAGGCGCCGGCAGAGAUAGCGAGCCAGAGCUAAAGCAAGGGCACCAGCUGCAUUGCAUGCCAUAACUGGCGCUGGCCGCAUGUUUUGCUCCUUUUCGUUGCUGCUCUGAAGCUGCCCGCUGGGGUACAGUGCGUCGCACGUGGCUCGUAUUUGUAUUUCUAUUUGUUGCUGCCGCUGCGCUUUCCCUACCACUGGAUACAAGGACUUGCUCGCGCAGCACAUCAGACUGGCGAAUGCGCCGGAAUGUGACUCGCAUGAGCUGCUCGCAGGUUCAGUGCAGGACAGAGCAUGCGAAAAGCAGGGCGAGUGGCCAAAAAAGCCUCAACUCCCGGGACUGCCGUGAUCGUCGCAGGCGCCGGAGUUAGGUUCCGGCGGGAUUCAAGAGGCAAGAGCCGGUGCGCAAGGCUUAUCGCCCAGAUUUCCAACUAUUCUUUGUUUUCGUUAUCUGUGAAGCCGGUUUUGGGCUGCACAAGGAGAGGUGCGCACUUCGGAGGCGUGCCCAAACAAAACGCAUGAGGUUCGCCUUGUGUACUCCAUUUUUCAACAUUUGAUUCAUUGCGCCGGCAGUCCUUUUUUUUUUACUCAGUAUCUCCGCAGCGCCGGCGCCGCUGUAUCUAUUUUCGCCCUUCGCUAUCUUUUUUUUUGUUUUCUGCGCGCCGUGCGUAUUCUUAAAAUCCCAUGAAGGAAAAACGCGCGCCAUUUGGGGUGCCUGCGCGUCUCGUAGUCAUUGCGCAGCAACUGACCGCGGCCGCAAAGUCGCCAGCGUGUGCGGUUCGUACGUACGUAGAGGAGUAUGUGGUAGUGCCUUGAGUUUUCGCUUUUGUUUUUCAACAGCAGUGAUUUUCGGACUAGAAAAGAGGCCUUUUUUGGAGGUUGGUUGGUGCGAUGUAUAUGGGUUUUUUAUUUUUUCAGGUCAGGAUAAUUCGGGUUUCAGGAUAAAAAAAGGCGAUGAUCGACGAGAUUUCUUGCAUGAUGAACAUGCGCAGAGAAAUGCACCGCAUGAGGGAUUCUGGUCGAGGUCGACAGCGCAACACCUUGACUUUAGCGAACAUGGUGCGAGAGUUGUUUGCCACAGUGUUUCCCAUUCUGGCGUAGUUCAUUUGCUUUUAUCCAAAUAAGUAUCUGAUAAGACAUUAUCUAAUUCUCGGUUUAUGAUUAAGACAUACACGAAUUUUAUCCAACUAAGUAUCUAAAAAUGCGCACAAGUCUAAGUUUAAGCUCAAGUAUAACUAUUUUUUCGCAAAUAAUAAUCAUGAAGAAACAGAAGGAACAGUCUCGUUGUAAGAUUUCGCAUUGUUAUGUAUCAGAACAGCUCUGCUUUCGACUCACUCCGGCGCAGCAGAUGGCUGUGCACGAGAGUCUGCAGCUAUUGUUCCCUCAUCGUACGCUUGUCGUUUUGUUCGUUCUGUACAAAAGACAAAGCGACGACCCUGCUUUUGCGAAAUCAUGACGCCGCCCGUUCGUGACCCAGGUUCCGUUUGAUGCGAAAAUGGCCC